GUUAGAGGAUCAAAUUUAUGUCACAAGAUAUUUACAAAAUAAUUUACGACAUGUGGAUAUUGGACGUACGGGAGUGUGGGGCUGGGGCUAUGGUGGUCAUAUUGCCGUCCACACUUUGGCCAGUCUCGAUGGUGUUGAUAUUUUCAAAUGUGGUAUAUCUAUGGCUCCGGGAGUCACAUGGCUGGGUGACACAGAAUUGGAUACAGGAUCUUUCGAUGAUCUCAAGAAUAUUGCCAAUAACAGCCUAUUGCUGAUCCAUGAUCCGGCCGAUGAUGAUCUAAAUUAUCAAUACUCCUUACGCAUGCAGCAGAUUUUAAAUGGCAAUGGCGUAUUAUUUGAUGAAUGGGUCCUUGCCGGAGAAGGUCCCUUCAUGCAGCUUGAGCUGUAUGAGACCAUGGAUAACUUCUGGAUAAAUUGUUUUAAUUUGUAGGGGAUAUAAAAUUAUCGAAUUAAGAAGAUGAUGAAAUGCACGAA